CAGACCGAUAUACCGAUAAAUUCACUGUUGAUGUAUAUACAAAAAUUCGCGUUGGAUGAGAAAAAUCUUAUUUGCCAAAAUCUAUUACAAGUAAAUACUGUUGCUGAAUUUUGAUAACAAGUUCCUGUAAGUCCACAAACGAGCUGAAACCUACCAAACCACAUAUCUGCGCACCAGUACAGACACAGUCGACACAAGCAUCCGGGAUUUUUUGAUUGUGUGUGACUCACUGGGAACACAGAUUUCCCCCAAACACUAGACAACAUCGAAGUCGCACCCACUUGUUAAGUCAUCAGUUUGAGGCAAUCAAGUCUAAAAAUGGCUGCUGUGGAGAACGAACCGCGCACAGAGCUCCAGGAGCUGCAGCUGAAGUCAGCUACAGUGGCAGAUGAAUCGCUGGAAAGCACCCGCCGCAUGCUGAGUCUCAUGGACGAAAGCAAGGAGGCGGGCAUUCGUACCCUGGUAGCCCUUGAUGAUCAGGGAGAGCAGCUGGAUCGCAUCGAGGAGGGAAUGGACCGCAUCAAUGCUGACAUGCGAGAGGCCGAAAAGAAUCUCAGCGGCAUGGAGAAGUGCUGCGGCAUCUGCGUAAUACCCUGGAAGAAGGUGAACAUAAAAGACGAUGGAGACAGCGCCUGGAAGGGCAACGACGAUGGCAAAGUUGUGGCCAGUCAGCCCCAAAGAGUGAUCGAUGAGCGCGAGCGCGGUGGCAUGGGUGCACCUGCACAGUCUGGCUAUGUGGCACGAAUAACCAACGAUGCACGCGAGGAUGAAAUGGACGAGAAUCUGGGCCAAGUAAACUCAAUGCUGGGCAACUUGCGCAACAUGGCCCUGGACAUGGGAUCUGAGCUGGAGAAUCAAAACAAGCAAGUCGAUCGUAUCAACGCCAAGGGCGAUGCCAACAACGUUCGCAUGGAUGGCGUGAACAAGCGCGCAAACAACCUGCUCAAGAGUUAAAUAUGCACAAAGAAAACGGACUCGUAUCUCAAAUCAAUAACCAAGCCGAUAACCCAAUCCCCCAGAUUAAUUCGAACCCUUCUUUACUUCUGCCCUUAUGGGAAGAAAAGCAAAUGUUAUGGGCACAAAACUGUAGCAGUUGUAGAAGCCAGUGGUUGCUACCCCGAUAUUUAUACUAUAUAUUAUAUACAUAUACAAGUAGAAGAAGAAAACUGGACUAUACUAUGCAACAAACCCAUCUAUACACUAUACAAGCACUCCUUUGUACAACCAACUGAAGGUACCAAUUACUUACGUUCGACUACUAAAUGUACAUUUAUGCGAAAAGCAAAGCCCAAUUACUACUGUUACUAUUACUAUACAUGUGUACAAACAAAAGCAACCGACCCGAGCGUUGCGGAGCCCAAUUUUACUGAGAUUUACCUUAUAAUGUACUCUGUUUUUGGUACACACUUUUUGAGGCAUUUUACCUAUGGAACUUGUGGAACACAUACUAUACUAUAAACACCCGAACCGAGUCCCCGAUAUCCGCCGCACAGGCACGGCAUCUGAAGUCACUUGCUCUCAUCCGGAGGAUAUGAAGCAAAUUUAAGGUGUGGUGGGUGUCAUAUCGUAGCCAAUUUUAUGAAUCGUUUGUUAUACAUUUAUCUUAUGGAUAUGGAACCCCUUGUUUAUUGAAUUGAUCACUUGAAAUUUUUGGUCCAAAACGUUCUAUUGAAUGAAUACGAAUUGAGAUUUGAACUUCGCGGAAAUCGUACAAUUAUAUAGUUUAAUUAUUUCCCAAAUAAACAUAGACAUCAGCCCAGUUUCAA